GCCAUUACAGUACAGCCUACAUACGUUAGAUUAGGGGGGAUGCAUAUAUAGUAGGAUAUUUGAAGAAGCCACACAAGAUGGAGGAAUCUAGGGGAGGCAUUAAGUAUUUCUACCAUAUACUAGAGUGGCAGAUUAUUGUUUGCAAGGAAUGUCAGCACGCCGUGUGGCCACAAGAGGUUCCACGGCAUUUACAAGGCAAGCAACACCAGGUUCUAUUACAAGCGGCCCGAGCCAUUGCCAUAGAGGUACAAGAAUGGCCUGGAGUAAUUCACAAUAAGACCGAUUUGGCUAUUCCGCUAUAUAUCCAUGGGCCUAUUGCCGAGUUGCCAUUAUACACUGACGGAUUGCAGUGCCGUGUAGAGCCCGAGAGGUGUUCAUAGAUAUUCCGUGAUUAGAAG